ACACUGGGGACAAACAUCUCCAUGGUUGGGUGGAAUUAAUCCUCUAGACCAAGAAAUGCCAAUAGAUGGGGAUGAUGGAUUUUUCCCUACAUCUGGCAAUGACUUGAAACCAGAAGUAGUCAAUUCCAGUCGGAAGUAUCGUGUUCGUGUUCUAGUUUGUGCUCCAUCAAAUUCUGCGCUCAACGAGAUUGUGUUGCGCAUUCUAAACACUGGGUCCACCAGGGACUGGAAAAACACAAACCAUACUUGGGAUUCUCCUUGCCAUUUUGCAUUCAACUCCUGCUAGAGUACACUCCAACA